GUUAAUUUCCCUCCUUUUUCAACAUACAUGAUGUAAUUGUUUGUUUUUUGUUGUUCGGCAAGUGAAGUCAAUUCUUGUGAGCUGUGAGGUGUUGAGCUUGGAAAUAUUUCUCCUGAGUCUACAUUCAUUUUUUUAAUGUUUAUUGUGACGACGAAUGUUACACAGUAAGUUUUUGGUAUAACCAAGCAAUGAUGACACCACAAAAUUAAGAUGACGUCCCUCGAUAUUGGACGCAUAGCGUCCAUUCUGCAAGAUGGUGAGGCGACAGAGGAAGAUAAAUUUUCCCAGUUGAAAGAGCUGAAAAGCUUGCUGUCGGGCCGCGGCGACGCCCUGAUGGACGACACGACGGCGCGGUACCUGUGCCGCUCGCUGCUGGACUGCUCCGACGGCCACAGCUCGCCGGGGCUGGCGGGACAGGCGGUGCUCCUGCUGGGGGAGGCGCUGCGGGCGUCCUGCCCCGGCUGGGGGGCCCCCGCCCGGGCGGAGGUCCUGGGCUCUUGCGCGGAGCGGGUCGCGGGCAUCGUCGAGGCGUGGCGCGGCGAGCCCGGCCGGCUCCAUGCCGCCCACGACCUGCUGCAGGGCCUGGCGGGGCUGGAGGGGGGCCAGGUCUCGGGGUACUUCGCCUCGGCCGAGGGCCACCCCAGGCUCAGGGCCCUCGCGGCCGGCUGCGCGGGUCUCGCCGGGGACGACGACGUGGUGGCGUCCCUGAAGGCGGCCGCCCUGCGGCUGGUGCUCGCGGCGCUGAGGGGCGGCCCCGCCUUCGCCGACCGGCUGCGGCGGGACGCGGACUUCUGGACCCAGCUGCUGUUCCCCUCGCUGUUCUCCCUGAAGAGCUGGCGCGUGCGCUCCGUCGCCGUCGAGAUCUUCAGGGUGCUGGUCUCUCACGACGUGCGUUUCGAACUGACCGCCGGCUGGGAAAACCUCAAGGAGGAUAUCAAAAACAAGUACGUCCCUGUGAUGUUGGACCUGGUAGGCCCUCGAGAGUGGUACGACCUGUGGUGCCUCGUGAUCGACGUGGUCGGGAACGACCUGCUCGACAGCCGCGGCACCCAGGACGUGGCUUCAGUCAAGCUGUUCAACAGCCUGCUCGCGGUGCCCGAGAGGGCGUUCAAGUCCGCCGACCCGGCGAACCGCCUGCUGGCGUUCGACUCCUGGAAGUGGCUGGUGCGGAAGUUCUCGUCCAAGGGCAGCGACUUCGUGAAGAGGAAGCUGAAGCUCCUGAACCAGCCGCUGGCGGUGAGGAACGACAAGACCUCGGCGAUCUACCGCAAGAAGAUAGAGGUCUGGUGGUGCGUGAUCCAGUCAUUGGGGAAAGACGUCCCGUCCUGCCUGGACACGGUCGUCGCCCCGCUCCUCAAGUUCUGCUUCGGGAUCGUCGGCGGCCGGCCCUUCCUCGACUCGAGCGCCCCCGCGCUCACCCCGGAGAAGACCCCCGGGAAGAAAGACGGCUACCUCUCACACUGGAAGCUCGACGAGGCUAACCACCCGACUUUGGUUUUCGUACUCUCGGAACUCCUGGCGGUGGAUCCGUCCUCGACGCGGGUCGACUGUGAGGAUACUCCGAAUAAUCUGUCACGUUUGUCGGUGCCGGUCUUGGACGACCCGAGGGACUUCCUGCGGAUCUCCCGGCUGCUGGUUUUCUCUGUGGGAGAGUGCGUGCUGCUGGUGGCAAGGGCCCGGGAGCCGGGGCGGACGGUGGGGCCCCUGUGGCACGGCUUGCUGCGGCACAUGGGCGCGGCGCUCGCCUGCCCCACGGCCCCCGACGGGCAGGACGCCGCGGCAGAGGCCGUGAAAGACGUGCAGCGCGUGCUGCGCGGGCUGGCGGACCAGGCGGGCACGGUGCCCGGCCUGGCCGCGCUGCUCCUGGGACCCCUGCUGGAGGGUGCGCUGGCUCUGCCCGCAAGCGUGCUGGCGGGCCACGCCUUCGACGCCGGCUCCAGCGACCUCAUGGGCGGCACGCCCGCGCUCUUCCUGGUCGAGCUGCUGCUCUCGCCGUCCCUCCUCGCCGCGCUCGGCACGGACCUGCUGUGCAGGCACGGCGCGCUGAUGACGAGCGUGCUGCGGACGAGCGUGGGCGAAGGCCUGCCGGGCAGCGCGCAGUUCGCGCAGGCGGUGGCGCGCCGGCUGGACGCGGCCGUGCUGGGCGGGGGCCUGGCCGGGACGCACGCCCUGGCGCUGUGGCGGGCGCUGGCCGAGCGGCUCACGGGCUUCGCGGCGGCGGGCGGAGACGCCGGCGACGACCCGGCCUGCCUCCACGCCGUGCUGCUGUUCCCGCUCAGCCAUCACCACCACGUCACUUCGGCGGACCAGGUGGACGAGCUGACGGACGUGUGGGGCCGGCUGUACGGCGCGCUGGCGAGGCAGGUGUACCAGCGCUCGAGCGCGGAGGGGGCCCAGCUGGGGGAGUUCGUGAGCGGCAGGAUCUGCGGGAUCCUCCGGAAGGCGUCGCCGACCGCGCUGCAGCUGGUCGUGCUGGCCUGCUCCCUCCGGGACGUGGUGGACGGCUUCCCGCACUCCAUCCUGGGGCAGGCGCUCUCCAGAGUUCGGUCGACCCCGCUGGCGAAGACCAAGGCAGAGAAGCCCCUGGCGAACAUCAGCGGGAUGCUGCAGGCCGUUUCGAAACUGGUGUCGUGCUUGAGGAGCGCGGAGCCGUGCAGCCGUGCGGCGGCGCUGGCCGCCCACUCGGUGGCAACCCUCUUCAAGCUGGGCUGCCCCGGCAACGCGGAGCCCCUGUUCCUCCAGUUGGCGCCCCUGGCGUUUGCGCUUUUGGAGCUUCCCCCCGGCACGCCGGACCUGACCCGGCAGUCGCGCGGGCUCUGGGCCGCGUGCGCGGAGUUCGUGCUCGCCAACCAGACGUUCCUGGCGCUGCCCCGGGUCUCGGACAGCCUCGUGGCGCUCAUGUCGGCGGCGCUCAAGAACCAUGACCGCCACAUCAAGAAGGACGCCCUGAGUUUCUCCUUCCAGACGGUCCAGGACAUCUUCAGGUCCCGGUCGACCGCCGUCCCGGUGCCGCUGGUGAAGGCCAUCGAGAUCUGCAGCAACGACGACGACCUCCUCCCGGAAGACGUCGGUGAAGACAGCCAGACAAACGUGAAGCCGGUGAAGCUGGCGGGUAGCUUCCUUGCGAGAAUGGGUGGCGGUGACGGCCACCUACCUCAGAACGUGCAAGAGUUGCCGAAAUCUCCUGUGAAAACUCACAAAGAUAAGACACCUGUGAAGAAAGUAGCAGAGGUCACUGUUUUGAAGGGUAGCCCGUCAAAUCCGCUGUCGCUGAAGAAGCGACCGUUGACGGCACGCCAGAGAGAGAUGAUGAAGAAGCGCAGAGACGACAUUCCUGCCCUCUAUGAAGAUCUGACCCAAGACACUCAGGAGGGACAGUUUCUUGACUCACAAGACUCUAUGUCACUGGACACAGUACCUGCGCAAGUAGCGAACCAUGCCCCAUCACAUGAAAGCCUUGCAACUGUUGUGUCACCAAACAAAAGUGCUCCAAACACGUCUCCGGUCAAAGUCGGUUGUGAUGAAGGCAGGAACGUGAAAACUUCCAGCCCAAGUCUGUUGGGAACACGCCAAGACUCGGGAAUUGCAGAAAGAAAGAGCAGUAAAUCACGUGAGAAUAUUCUACAUUUCUUCAAACCGGACACAAAUUUGUGCAAGGAUCCGAUGAACAAAGACUUGGCAGAAUGCAACGGCAUCGAUACCGAGCCGAUAAUGGAAUCAGUUGGUGCAGAAUCGAAAGUAACCCAGGGCUACAGUGUAAUUGCAGAGGAAAAGAGUAAGAAAAAAGGCAAAGGUAAAGUAAAGAAAGGAUCAAUUGAUGAAGGAAAAACUGCCCCAGAUAGCACAAAAUCAGAAGUAGUGCAACCUGUUGUGACUCCUGCCAUGGAAACUGAAUGUGCGAUAGCAAAAUCUUCAUUGGAGACCAGAGUUAUGCAACCAAGUACGGCAGAUGAUGCAGCCGCUUUAAAUGUGACCACACCAACCAAUGUGAAACCAUUGGGCGAUGAUUCUACAACACACGGUAGUUUGCUGCAUUCUUGUCGCAGUAGCACCGAAAACAUCAAGAGUAUCUUGAGCAAUAGCGUGCGUGGUGGCAAUAAUGACACGAAGCUCCAUGAAGCUGUAGCCACAGAGUUGACCAAGUUAUUGAGUGUUAUUUCUCGCCAUAGCAGUUCCCCCACUGCAGAGGUGUCAACAAAGAAAGUGGUUGUGGAAAAAGUGCCAACUGAACAGAUACCAGGUGACUUACUGACUUCCAGUCAAAGCACAGCACCAUCCAUCGUGGUUUCAGAAGAAAAUGUGUUUGUGGAAAAGGAGCCAUCACAGUUACCUGAUGGUCUAUUAUCUUUGAGUCCUCACCUCCCUACAGAGCAAGUACCUGAUGCCGUGUUGAAUUCAACUGUUCGUUGCGCUGGCAAAUCACGUGGUCGGCGUAAAUCGUCACUCCCAAAGAGAAACAACCCUUACGGGAUUAACUUCAAAAACUGCAUGUACGUUUCUAAACCUCUAAGUCCGGGAAAGAAGCUUCGUUCUAGGAAGAUAUCUGUCACUUCUCCUAAAGGUCUGAAAGAAAAAAAACCAUCAAAAAAGAAUGAAAAUGAACGUAACGCCAACCAGCUGUUCGUGAAAUUUGUCGAAAGUAUUGGCUCUGGCAAUGAAAUCAUUGAUCAGAGAAGUGUAUGCAACGGAAUUAUUAAUGGUAUCUCCCAUGUACCGGUGCCGGUUUCUGUAGGUGCCACAAGCGCUGAAACCAUCAGCGGAGAUGAUUCACACAAACGUGAUGCCCUCUGUAAAAGUGAUAUCCGUAAAAAGGUGAUGGAUGAUACUAUCUCAAAUGAGGCACGUGAAACAUGCGAUGACGAAUGUGAUAAAGAUCUGGGGGAAGAUUUCUCAGCAUUGACUAAUGCUUUUGUGUUGGAGCUAAGUAUGUCUGCCGAAAAAAAUAAAAGUAAGGCAGACCCAGAGAUGGGAAGUGGCGACCCUAAAACUGAUUCUUCUGUUGCAAAGGUUAGUGCUGGUAGCCAUGAAGAAUUGACGGUACAGUCCACCUUGUCCUGUGAAGACAGCAAGAAGGUAGAUCUGAAUGCUGUUGGUAGUAGACGCAGUAACAGAAUUUCUAAAGGAAAGCAUUCAGGUCGUCAAUUGUUCCUGUUGGGUAAAUUGCCAUCAUCACCCAAAGCUAAAGCAAAUUCUGAAAACAAGUUAACCAAGUUAAGUGAAUCACAACUUGGAGUCACUGAUAACAGUGAAAUUAAAAGCAGUUCAGAAGGUCGUGAAACUCAGUUGAAUCCCACUGAUGCAUUGCCCGGGCCAACAUAUAAAGUAACUUCAAAGAAACAGAGCAGUAAUAGCAAGGAAACUUGUAGUACGCGUCCAUUGCAAGAAGAUGUCAUUGGAGUGUCGUUCUCAGAAGCAGUAAACCCCAGUCAUGAGGUUGUUGGAGAAAAACCUCACCAUACAGUCAGCAUUGAGGGCAUACAGGAUGAUUUACCGAAAAACGAAACAAAAUCUGAUAAAGGAAGGACCAAUAAUCAGUUUUGCACUGAACCAGUCAACACAAAUAAGAACCCUGCUGUAAUUUCUGGAAAUAGUUUAAAAGGCAAAAGAGUUGGUAGAAAAAGAAAACUGAGUACUUUGUUGGAUGCAUCACAGGAAAUUCCUGAAAAUUUGGUGAAGCUUUGCUCCUCAAAAUUACCCUGUGAUGAGUCUGUGGAGGAUAUUGCCACUUUUAAAAUAAGUAUUUCAUUAUCAGGUAUUGAGCCACAGGUGAGAGCAAGUACUGAUAAGCCAGUAUCGCCCGAGUUACCUGUUGGCAGCCAAGAUAAAAAACGGAAAAAGUUGUCAUCUUGCAGAUACAGUGGAAAAACCAAUGCUGCGUUGCCUGAGAGUUGUUCUCUGAGGGAAGGGGAUAAUUUUUAUGGUAAUAAGAAUUGUGAUGAAACACCUACCAACACAGGUGAGUGUUUGGCCAGUAAAAAAGGUAAAGUAGCUUCUUCUACAAGUGAUGAUGCUGUCUCCAAGUGUGGUUCUGCAAAAAAGAAAACAAAGUCGUUACCAACUGUGGCUAAGAGUAGAAAGAUUACAAAAAAAACAGAAAGUGAGAGAGUAGCUAUUAUGCAAGAAGCUAAUGAAAUUUCUUCAGGAACAGAGCAAUCUACGAAUCGCAAGGAAAAGAAGGAAUGUAACUCUUGUUCAGAUGACGAAAGCAUAGCUUCUUUGAAAGUUACCCUUCAUGGUCAAGGUAAAUCAAAUCUAAUUUUGGGGCGUAAAGAAGCCUCUAGUGAACUACCAGUGAGAGUUGACAGCAGUGCUGAAGUGAUUGAAGGUAGCAAACUAAAAAAGAAUAUUGGUGAAACAGGUAUGGAGGCUAUCCAACGCAAGUCAUCCUUAAAGAAUAACAAAAGUUCUCUGGUUGAGAUCCUUCAGAUACAGUCUCCUACAAAAAAAGGAAUUGAUAAUCAUACUAAUAUAAGUAAAACAAUGGUUCAUUUGUUUGGAAAUAAAAAUAAGCCAAAUUCACCAGUGAAAUCUCAAACGUUAUUUACAACUGAAUGUUUGCAUGAAAGGACACCAAACAAAACGGGACAAAGUGAAAUUGAUAAGGAUUUGAACCAUAAAAAUGGUUUGACCAGAGAUGAAAAUUUUUCACAGGAUCUGGUUGAGAGUUCACAGGAUGUUGGGUUGCAGGAUAUCACCAAGUACCUGAAUUUGAAAAGGUGUUCUGUAUCACUGAAUGGCCUAGCUGUUGUAAACAACAAGAUUAUUGAUCAGGAAAACAAAGCUGUGAUAGCCCUAGCAUCCAACACAUCUUUCAAGCUCUCUCCUACAUACAAUCAAAAUGUAUCUCCAGUUACAUUAGAAAUUGGUAAAGUUUCCCCUGUGUGCAAAAAAAUAAAUUUUGAUAUAGAUACUUGCUCAUCUGUCGACAAAGUGAAUCGCUCAUGUGAUGAAGUUGAAGGUGUGAAUCACUCACCUUGUGAAGAAGAAAAUGACUUAUCUGCAGAAUUUAAUGACCCAUCUGCCAAAGAAGUGAAUGGCAUAUCUGCCGAAGAAGUGAAUGGCAUAUCUGACAAAGAAGUGAAUGGUGUAUCUGACAAAGAAGAGAAUGGUCUAUCUGACGAAGUGAAUAGCGUAGCUGCCAAAGAAGUGAAUGGCCUGUCUGACGAAGAGAAGGGCUCAUCUUCUGAGAAAGUGAAUUGCUCAUCUGUUGAAGUGAACCUCUCACCUGACAAGACAGUCAAUAAUUCCAAUCUCUUUUCUUUUAAGGGUGUUAAUUGUUCUCCAAAAUUUCAAGCAACUGAUAAUAGCUUGAGUACUAAAUUCCAAAAUGGUUGCCCAUUACAAAAGAUUUUAAAAGACUCAAAAAAAAAGAAAAUUUCCCUUAAAAAUACAUCUUAUUCCGUGAUGAAGUCCAAGACGAAAGAUUUGAAGUGUGUCGGCAGUGAAUCGAAAGGUGGAAAUGAAUCGCCGGAAGGCAGUGCGAAGGACGGUGCACGUGGAAUUCUCGACGAGGGCACUGUCACGCCGACGAAGCCGGCGAGCCGGAGCACCAGGAUGCUCAACUCCGUCCAGUCGCUGCUUCGCGGGUCGUGCGUCAGCCUGGGCUCGCAAGGCGGCGCCGCGCGUCGCGAGGGCCUGCCGCCCGCGGGUCCCGACCUCAAGGUCAAGCUGCCGAUCGGGAAGCUCAACGACUCCGUCAGCAUCUUCGUGACCAGGAACGUGGCCGCGACGGACGACGCCGGCGGCGAGCAGGCGUCGUCGGGGUCGCCCGCGAAGAGCACUCCGUUCCCGACGAGGGGGUCCCCGUCCGGCCGACUGCCCUCCCAGCUGCCCCUGUUGAAGAGCCGCACCGCGCACAUCCUCAACAUGUCGAGGGCGGAGCGGAGCGCGGGAGAGGAGCCCGCCCACCAGAGCAAGCCGCUGUCUCCGGACGAUGGCUCCUCGUCGGCUUCGCAUGCCCAUUUGGAGGAAGGCGUGAUAGCGCACAGUCCUGACGGCAAGCUCUGUGUGCGGACCUGGAAGAGGCACACGUACUCCCCGGUCGCAGUCCCUGCGAGCUCCAGUUUGAAGCGGAUGAGAGAGGGCUCGGACGGUACUUCGCCUCCUCCAAAGAAGAAGUCUGUCAGCUUCAGCGAUCCGCCACGCUCCUUGACGCUGGUGUUCAGCAGAGUGAAAGAAGAGGUGGAAAUGGAAGAGUUAAAGAACCUUCGAACAAGAAACCGAGUGUCUAUGUACAGUGGCCUGGGAGGGUUGGCUGUUACAGAUGAUAUGCUACCAUGUCUAGGAAAUGGAGAAGUCUUGCCAACUCAACAGUAUUCGGAAGAGAGCAGUUCCCUGGAUACGCAGGGUUCUCUUAAAAUUGAAAUGGACAGAUUGAUAGCAGAACCGAACAAAAGCCCAUUUUAUGAUCCUCUCAAGAACUGUAACGAACCGAUUGAGCAAAUUGCUGUGCAUUUGGUGCCAAAACUGUGGGCUUGGAAACUGUAUGAGUUUUUUGAGACCGGCAACAUCAAGACGGUGGGGGACCUAGCAUCUUUGCCCACAUGGGUCGUGGAGGAAGGGCAUGGUAGCUUCAUGGAUGCUGGGUUUGUGAGGAAGGCAUUGAGGGACUAUGAGCUGAAGCUGGGGAAAAGUACAACCAGCUUGGAGAAGAUUGCUCAUCCCUUAGCAGACUGUUCACCUCAGACAGAAGGCAUGGAAUCAGCCAAACAAGUGUUGGAUGCAACCAGAUUAUCCGGCAGUGAUGCGGCAUUGUCGGGCAGUGUCAGCUCUUCAGUGGACGGUGGCCUUCCCGCCUUACCGGACAGUUCCGAAGAUGCCAGUGUGAUUAAAACUUCAGACGAUUGUGGACCCGUCUCCUCUGACUCUCGUGGACGCUCUGCCUUGUCGGAAGCCGGUGGGCAAGUUUGUGAGCCAAUGGAUACAGGUGCCGAUGGAUCUGCGUGUAAUCCUGCCGAGUCGGGUGGGGGAGCCAUGGAAUGUGAUAUGACCUCGUCAGCUACUGGUGGAUUCUCGUGUGAUUCAGCCACGUCGAAUGCUGACGGAUCCUCGGUUUGUGAUCUGGGCUUGCCAGAUUGUGGUGCAUCCGUGGUGUCUCGUCCGGACACGACGUCUGGUACGGUAGCGUCCGAUGCUGGCGGGUCCCUGUGUGAUCCGGUUUCAGAUGCGGGUGGAUCCACCAUAGUUGGUACUGCCUUGCCAAACAACGGUGGACCUGCCGUGUCGGACCGUGAUGGCCCUACCUCGUCAGAUGUAGGAACUGCCAUGCCGGUUAGUGACAAUACUGACCCGUUGGUUACUGUUGGACUGGCCUCGUCUGACCACGAUGGAGCCAUUUCGCCAGACAGUCGCGACUGCGCUGCAUCGAACAGCCUCGACGUUGCUCCAGGCGGUGGCGAAGUUUCGCCAGCGUGCUCACGUAGUGCUUCAGCGUUGCCAGAAAGUGCCAGCCCUGUUUUGUCACCCUGCGAUGAUCUCAAUCCAUCGGCGACUGACGAAAAGAAGAACAGUAGUGACGCCUUUUCAGAAACUGCUGAGCUUAACUCUUCAUGUGACAAUGAAAUUGUCCUGUCACUCACUCCAGAGACAUCACCUGCAUCAACUAAAAGCAGAUGGGCGAGGCCGGAGUCCCCGGGCCCGCUGGAGAGAGCUCUGGAGGCCCUGAGGAGUGUCCCCAGGGAGCUGCUACGUCGGCGGGCGGGGGACGUGUUGGUCGCAGUGGGCGAGGUGCUGAGCUCGCUGGGCCGGGAGCUGAAUCUCCGCUGACUUCCCCCCCCCCCCCCACGAGCCAUGUCGGUUGUUUCACCUUCUUGUUACCUCUGUCAUUUGACGGCCAUUCUGUAAGUUGAUCUUGAUAGAUUUCUUGAAUUUUACGUCCUGUUCCUCAAUAUAUACAUACUAACAGCUGUGAAAAGUCGCUCAAAUGUUCAUAAUUGUGAUCACUUGUCGAACCUUUUACAGCUCAAAAAUAACGUACGGUAAACAAUGAGAUUUUGUUAAACCUAACAACAAAUGCAAUAAAUCCCCACAAUCAAUAGUAAUGGCAAGAAAAUGAAAUAUCCAACUCUAGUGUGUGCGAGUUCUUGCGUGUGUGCACGUAUGAUUCUGGCUCACAAACAGUUUAAAAGACCAUGGUUCUGUGUUAAUGAGUUCCCCCCCCCCCUCCCCUCCCAACCACAUUUUUUUCCCCUUCUUCCAAGUGCAAUUUCAGCAGCUUUAAGUACAGCUUUCGUUUCAUUUUUAACGACUCGACAAGUGUUAGGACCGUAGUUUUGAACAAUGAUUUACGUCGCCAUGCAAGUACCAAUGUAAUAAUGUGGACAGUUGUUGUUUGUUAAUGUAAAAUAAUCUGUAUUUUUCCCCAGGCUCUAACUUGGUCUGGGGAUAUAUCAUUUAUGCCCUGCUGUAAUGCCAAAAAUGUGGAUAUAAAAUUAGAAAUUUAAACUUAGCACAAAUAAUGAAAAAAAAAAAUUCUAAAGUUGGGGGUCUUAUCCCUGUUACUGCAGUUUUUUUUUUUUUUUUAACUUGAGUGGAUACUUGCCAAUUAAGAUUUUGAAGUUUUGCACUUUAAUAUACAUAAGUACAAUAUGUACAUAUUGUACUUUGCUAAAAUAAUAUUGUAUUAUAAAUAAAAUAAAACCUAGAAUGGCUUCCCCAUGAUAAAUUUAAACUGUGUAAGCAAAAUAUCAUGCUUUAAUAUCAAAAGGAUGAACAGCCAGUGCUUUUAUAAAUGUUCAUAGCAUGUAAAUAAUGAUGUUGAUGUUUGGAAAGUUUUUGCAGUUGCAUAGUCGAAUGCAGUUUUUAAUCUCAGUUGACUAUGAAGAUGCAGGAAGAUGUGAUUUUGAACAGUAAAUCUAUCUGCCAUUUAAAUACAACUGUAAUAUUUUCAUGUUUUGAAGUUUUAGUUUACAAUUUUGUUUUUAACAAGCUAUGAAACAUUUUGGAAACGAUUCGUAAAUGUUAUUAUUAGUACUUUUAGGCUGUGUAAGAAAUAUACAUUUUUUUUUAAGUAUUUGACUAGUUGAGACAAAGGUAACACUUGUACUUUUAUAUAUGUGUGUGUAUAUAUUACAUCUUUUAUAUUAGAGGUCACAUGCUAUUUCUUUUUCAUCAUGGAUAGAUAAAUUUUUUAUUUAGAAUCUCAUUUAUCAGACCAAAGGAAAAUGCUGUCUAAGAAUCACCUAUAUUUUACACCCUUCAGGGUACCAGAAAAAAAAUCCAGAAAACAGAAGAGUGUAAAAAUAGUGUUAAUGUGCAACAUGUUGGUACAUGUUUUUACUAUUUAUGGGCUGUUAGCAUGCACAUUCUAAACACAGUUUACCAUCACUGGUGUUAAUAUUGAAAUUGGAAAUUGUUGUACUACUAUUCCCUAGACCACUUAGUUAUUAUUUGAUUUUGUAUGGAACUGUACAGUCUUAUGUCACAGUGUAUGUAAUAGUAAAAUAAUAAAUGAGUGGGUAUGUUU